UUCUUCCGACCUUUUUCAUAGGUGGUGAACAUCUUUUCAAACUCUUCGAGCACCGCGGCGUUGGCUGGUGCGUUGGCCGCGGAAACGUCCGCUGCUGGAGUGUGUAGAUCAGUGCCACUGCCUCCGUUAAGAGGAGUCUGCACGUUAUCCGCAUCGUCAGUUGACAUAUCUGGUUGAGCGUGAUGUGGUUGAGAGUUAGAUUGAUCCAUACCCCUCCCCCCCCCCUCCUUUUAGCGCCAAACUGUGGGAACCAAAAUUCGCAUUGUCGAUUUCCUUCUAAAUUAGGAAACUAGGAAAACCUUAAUUUUUCAGAAGUCCCGGAGAUCUGUUAAUACCACACGCUAAGCAAUCAGAACACGAGAUAUCAACGACAAAGUAUAAAAAUCGUAAAAAGAGAGCAAAAUAGAUCUUAUCCGAAUCUGUGUUUGAGCGUUUCAACAAGGUAUAAACUUGGGCUCGAGAGCUUUCGGCGAGAUUCCUAGUUCUAGCAACCCUAAGACGGCUAAACCUAAUUUAGUCGCAGCUCGAAAUAACAAAUAACGGAAAUUUGCCUAAAUCGCUCUAAAUGCUAAGUUUUCGCUGAAAAAGUCUAUCUCUAUGCCUCUCACCUAGGACUCCUUAUAUAGUCGCUCCUUGGUCGGUUUACGCUUGUCCUCUUCUGCCCUUAAGCCGUCAUAGCAUAAAAAUGGAGAUAUUCCAUUUUUUCCGAUAUUCGUAAUUAUCUUCAAAAUUUCAUAUUUAUCCGCAGAAACUUGACAUUUAUCUUUCCCUGCGAACCAAGCGUAAACCAUCGUGCGGCUUACGGGCUGUUGAUUAAGAAACUGUAAGUUGGGCCUCGAGUCAUGUCUCAAGUCCUUUUGGGCCGUCUUCUAACUCGAAGCGUUUAUUACAGCUUCUUUCGAUAACGAACUUUCUGCGGUUUUUACCGCAAAGUUUGAUUGAUGACUUAGAAUGGCGAAAACAUGAAAUGGGUCCGCAACGGUCUUCGGGAGAUAGCAUCGAAGGAUAGACGAGAAUACAUGGACUAGUGUCGUAUCGACGUUUCGGAAGAGCUCGGUCGCUACAUAGCAACCGAUCUUGGCUCGAGCUCGGUCGCUACGUAGCGACCGGACAGCGUGCAUGUGCGGUAGUUGCGUAAUGACCAAGCUUGGUUUGUCCGUGUUCUGAUCGUCAUACUCGAACCUAUCCGUAGCUGGUUUGGGUAUGUUUCCGAUGGCUUAUGUUUGAUCUAAAUAGAAUUCGAACGAAGCUUUAUCUCGGGAAUAUACGUUGUGACGUUUUCUUGACCGAGCACGAUUUGUUGCGGAAAGACAUACUUGUAUUUAGCGGAGAUUUGGACGUUAACUUCGUCGUAACCGUUUUCGACCCCAAUAACCAGUAUCCUUUUCACUAGAAAGUUUGCGACGGUAAGAUAUAUGACUAAGGCAUCAUGAUGGGGGGUCAGGACCCUCUCCUGUUACUUUAAGGUGAAACUGAUCUCAUCCGUGCGUAGGAGCAUGCGCUUUACUAUUCCGGUCUCUUGACCAUUCUUGGCAUUCCGGGUAGUUUUCUUUCAGGCCGCGUGGAUUAUGCCGCUUAUUUCAGAGCCACCAGAGAUGACAUGGAUUACUCUAUCUUGUCUUGGAGGUGAAGCGGGAGCAGCUUCAGGGGGCUUGUUGCUAGUCUCCUUGUUGAGGAGGUGUACUAGAAAGGAACUCCCGGAGGUGUCCUUUUUUCAGCAGCUCAUUAACCUGGAUCCCUAGUGUGAUGCAGUCCUCCGUUUUGUGAUUGUGGUCAUGGUGGAAGUCGCAUCACAGGUUUGGAUUCCCAAAAAAAUUGGGUGCUCGCAUCUUCUGAGGCUACUUGACCUGUGGACCCAUCUGCCUCAUAACAUGUAUUAGCUCUGGUUUUGAUAUAGUCAAGUUAGAGAUGUCGGGCCAUGUGGAUACAUUCAUCCCUUCGGCUCUCUCCAAGGGUCGGUUCGAAAACCUGCCCCUAGUUCUUGCUCCCAUCUUCUUUUCUCUGGUAGGACCCUUCGUCUCGGUCGAUCUUCGCCUGCUUGGAGACCUUUAGAUCCUGCUUUAGUUGAGCCUGGCUUGAAUUGCAACGUCUUACUCCCACUUGACCUGGCCUAGGCUUGGGAGAGUACAUCCUCCAUAUUCUUGCAUUGAUACUUCUUGAGUUCCUUAUACAAGUCCCCGUUGGGAAGUAGGCAUCUUUUGAAGGCUGAGAUUGCUGUAGAGGUAUUGCAUUCGGGGAUGGAUACCUUCUCGUGAUUGAAGCGAGCUAUGUAAGCGUGCAGUGGUUCAAAUUGAUGCUGGAGGAUCUCAUAAAGAUAAUUAGAGGCUUUCUCCAGGCUUCUACUGCUUGGCGAACUGGUCUACGAACUUGUCGGUGAGGACCGCAAAGGACCAUAUAUACCCGUUAGGUAAGUUGAUGUACCAUUGUAGUUCAGGGCCUAUCAAGGUCGAACCGAAGCCUUUGCACAUGGUUGCUUCUUUUGCCUCCUUCGGGAUUGCCACAGUGAGCAUAUGCUGCUUAUACUGAGCGACGUGGUCAUCUGGGUCGUCGGUGCUGUCGUACAUCCUCAUGUUGGGGAAGGCGAACUUCCAUGGCAUCUCAAUCAGUGCCAUCUCGUCCGUGAAGGGAGUAUCAGCGUAUAAGCCGGGAUCGCUUCUUUGGAUGGGAGGAGCUACAACCGGGAUUUUUUCUACCAUCAAUGGAAUGGCAUCGAAUUUCUUGGCGAAUACUCGUUUGAGGUAAGCAGUCAUGGCUGGUUAUGAUGUUUUCGCCGCCUCUGUCGUCUCCUCAUUAUAUAACACUAUAAUGGAAAUUAUACAUUUAAAACAUUUGUAGUAAUAUCAAAUACAUUUAUAAUUGAAAAAUAUCCGCACAGACGUGCGAAACAAAAUCUAGUAAUAUCUUAAGCCUCCUUCAGAUUUUGAUAAUAACUCUUACUUUUUUUGUUUCAUUUUAAUUGUCGUUUUAGAUUUGGUGCACAAAAUUUAAAAAUAUGUAUUUUGUAUAUUUUCUAAAUAAAAAACACCAUUAUCUAUAUACCUAAUCGAAUCAAAAUCUAGUAAUAUCUUAAGCCUCCUUCAUUAGAGGCUUUCUCCAGGCUUCUACUGCUUGGCGAACUACUCUACGAACUUGUCGGUGAGGACCGCAAAGGACCGUAUAGACCCGUUAGGUAAGUUGAUGUACCAUUGUAGAUCUGGGCUAUCAAGGUCAAACCAAAGCCUUUGCACAUGGUUGCUUCUUUCGCCUCCUUCGGGAUUUCCACAGUGAGCAUCUGCUGCUUAUACUAAGCGACGUGGUCAUCUGGGUCGUCGGUGCCGUCGUACAUUCUCAUGUUGGGGAAGACGAACUUCCAUGGCAUCUCAAUCAGUGCCAUCUCGUCCGUGAAGGGAGUAUCAGAGUAUAAGCCGAGAUCGCUUCUUCGGAUGGGAGGAGCUACACCCGGGAUUUUUUCGACCAUCAAUGGAAUGGCAUCAAAUUUCUUGGCGAAUACUCGUUCGAGGUAAGCUGUCAUGGCUGGUUCUGAUGUCUUCGCCGCCUCCGUCGUCUCCUCAUUAUAUAACACUAAAAUAGAAAUUAUAUAUUUAAAAUAUUUGUAAUAAUAUCAAAUACAUUUAUAAAAUGAAAAAUAUCCGCACAGACAUGCGAAUCAAAAUCUAGUAAUAUCUUAAGCCUCCUUCAGAUUUUGAUAAUAACUCUUAUUUUUUUUUGUUUCAUUUUAAUUGUCCUUUUAGAUUUGUGCACAAAAGUUUAAAUUAUUUAUUUUUGUAUAUUUUCUAAAUAAAAACACCAUUAUCUAUAUACCUAAGCGAAUCAAAAUCUAGUAAUAUAUUAUCCCUCCUUCAGAUUUUGAUAAUAAUUCAUAUUUUUUUUUGUUUCAUUUUAAUUGUCGUUUUAGAUUUGUGCACAAAUAUUUAAAAUAUUUAUUGUUGUAUAUUUUCUAAAUAAAAAACUAUUAUCUAUGUACCUAAGCAUAUUUCAACCAAUAAAAUAAUAAAAUAUUAUAUAAACUUAAUAAAUUUUGCAGUAAAAUUAUAAAACAACACCUAUAUACUUUUAGCCUCAACACUAAAAUAAUCAUUUAAUAUCUUAAGCCAUAUUGGAUGAUGCCUUGAUUAGAAAUCACACACUUUAAUGAAUGUAGAGAGUUUUUUGAUUCAUGACGAAAGUGAAAAAAAAAACACAUGUUCAAAGUGUUGUGCGGUUUGCGGAUCUCAAUUGUCAUGUAUUUUUAUUAAAAUAACCUAAAAUCUCAAGUGGGUAGGGUCCGGUCUCACUUUAAUAUAUAGCCGUUACUCUAUUUUCACAAAGUUUUCAUUCACAACCACACCUCUAAACAUUUCUCACAAUUUUUUGGUCUAAAGAAGGAAUAUAACUCUUUUUCUCUUUUCCUUUUUGCUUUUACACAAUCUUAUAAGAAACUUUAGCCUGAGAGAGCGAGAGACGGUGUAGGAUGCACUACACGCGCAUCUCACCAAUUAUAUUGCCUUCUCCACCACCCACCAUCACCGCCACCGUUGAAUCCAGUGGUAGAGGAACCAUGUUAGCCACCCUAUUCAUGGCCCUCCUUCUCCCUUGCGUUGGCAUGUGCAUUGUCUUCCUCAUAUAUCUCUUCUUCUUGUGGUGCUCCACACGUCGCCGUAUUGAGCGUCUAAGAUUUUCUGAACCGGUUAAGCUGGUCACCGGUAAAGGUCUCUCUGUCUCGGAGCUCGAGAAACUCCCAAAACUCACCGGAAAAGAGCUUGCCUUAGAAGUGAGGUCGACAGAGUGCCCUGUUUGCCUUGAAAAUAUCGAGAGUUGCCAAUCGGCCCGUCUGGUUCCCGGUUGCAACCAUGGGUUUCACCAAUUAUGUGCUGACACGUGGUUAUCUAACCACACGGUGUGUCCUGUUUGUCGUGGCGAUCUUGCUCAGAAGGUUCCUCAACUUAGUAACAAUCAUAGUCCAUGUUGAAAACAUGAUCCCAAAUACUCUUCUUCUUUAUUCAUUUUCUUCUACUUGUCUUGUUUUCUCUCUGUUAACAUUUUAGUUUUUUCAUCGUUUGCUGUAGUAGGUGGAUAUGGUUUGUACAGUAAAUUGUAAUAGAGUCAAGUACAAAAUUUCCUGUUUUGUCA